AUGACGUCUUAUUCAAGAUUAGUGAAGUGGGCGAGAACAAAGAAACGUUGCGCGAAGAGACAUUGCGCUCGUAAAGGUCCUAAAUCUACCACUACCAUUAAAGUGCUUCCAACAGACUUGUUAGUAGAUGUAGUUGCAAGAGUUGCCUCGAAUUCUUUCAUUGACCUUCUUAACCUUAAAAAGUGUUCUAAAGAUUUUCUUCAUGCUACGGAGGAUAACUAUAUUUCACAACGAGUUUCUUUGGAGACUUUUCCUUUAAUCCAGUGGAUUCCAAACGAUAAAGCAUCAUCUUUCUUGAACCACUGCAGAGAAUGUGAGAACAUUGAAAGCUUAUAUAGAGAAGGGCUAAGAAAAUAUUUUAGUUAUUCAAGUGGUAAGAAUGAUGGUCUUGAGAUCUUAAAGGUGGCUGCUCAAAAGGGUCACAAGGAAGCAAAAUAUGUGUAUGGGAUGAUUUUAAUAUGCUCCAAAGAUGACGAGUUGAGAAAACAAGGACUCGAGCAUGUGCGAUUUCUAAGGAAGUCCAAGUGUGUUGUAAGUUGCAGACAGAAAGUUAGACAACUAUUGAACUUUAUGUGGAAAAAUCAUGCAAUGCUUGAGCACAAUCAAAGCCCUCUAUGCAGCUUUAAGAGUACAUGCAAAGGGUGGAGAUUGAAGACGAGUAGAUGGGCAUUACUAGAUGAUGACGAUGAAGAUGAAGAUAUGAGCUUGUGUGAGUAUUGUAGAUGGGAUCAUGAGUUGGAGCUUUUUUACCGGUUGUUCAAUGUUUAUUAG